AUGAACAACCACCAAGCGACCGCUUUGAUUCGUUCGGGACAACAGGGACGAACUGGUGAUAAUUCGACCUCUGCAACUACUGCUAAAGCGCGGGAUGUGCGCGUCGCGAACAUCGCUGCGGCGAAAGCCUUGGCGGACGCGGUGCGAACCUCCCUCGGCCCGCGAGGCAUGGACAAGAUGAUCGAAGGUGCUCGCGGGGACGUUUUGAUCACGAAUGACGGUGCGACUAUUCUGGAUCGCUUGGGUGUGCAGGAACCAGCUGCGAAAAUGUUGGUGAACCUGGCAAAGUCGCAGGAUAUAGAAGCGGGUGAUGGAACCACCACCGUCGUCGUUAUCUGCGGUGCGCUGCUUGCUGCGAGUCAGCUUCUCCUCGAGCGAGGUAUUCAUCCGACGACGAUCUCUGACGCGUACCAGUCUGCGUGCACGGAGGCGCUCCGUAUUAUCGAUUCGAUUGCGGUACCGGUUUCGCUUUCGGAUAGAGACGAACUGGUGAAACUUGCGACAACGGCACUUAACUCCAAGAUAGUUUCUCAGCAUGCGAGUUUGCUCGCACCGAUUGCUGUUGAUGCUGUUUUGCAUGUAGCCGAGCGUCGCUUCAUCGAGUCGGAAGCGACCGAAGCACCACCGCAAGCGGUGGACCUCUCGCGGAUCCGCAUUAUCAAGAAACUCGGCUCCACCAUCGAGGACUCUUUCCUCUACCCAGGACUGAUCCUGACGCAGUCGGUGGUCAAGUCCGCGGGCGGGCCAAGCCGCAUCGUGAACGCGCAAGUAGCAUUGAUCCAGUUCUGCUUGUCGGCUCCAAAAACGGAUAUUGAAAACAACGUCGUCGUGCAGGACUAUGCGGCAAUGGAUCGGAUACUACGAGAGGAGCGCCAGCAUAUCCUGCAAAUGUGCAAGAAAAUCAAGGCUACCGGCUGCAACGUUUUGUUGAUUCAGAAAUCGAUUCUACGGGAUGCGACCAACGAUUUGAGUCUACACUACCUUGCCAAAAUGAAAAUCAUGGUGGUGCGCGAUAUUGAACGGGAUCAAGUGGGAUUUAUCUGCAAGACGCUAGGUUGUGUUCCGAUUGCCGGCCUGGACACAUUCACCGCGGACAAGCUCGCCAAAGUCGACGUCGUUGAAGAGGUCGCACUUGACAGUGGGGACGAAAAGAUCGUACGUUUCGUGCAGGGUCCUGCGGCGGCAGCAACGGCUGCCGCGCUCGCGAGCAAUACCAACGGCCUCUCGAUGUUGCCCGAUGGCUCGUCGGAGCGGCCAGCUUUCUGGACGAGUUUGCCUGCUGGAACCUCGAAUCUGCCACAGACGAUGACCAUUGUGCUAAGAGGAUCCAAUCAACUCAUCUUGGACGAAGCGGAACGUUCCCUGCAUGAUGCGCUCUGUGUGGUUCGGUCACUCGUUCGGAAACGCAGCCUCGUUCCCGGCGGGGCAGCAGUCGAGACCGAAGUCAGUGUGCGUCUCGGAGAAUGGGCGAAAACGCUGAGUGGCGCCAAAGCCUACUGUGUGAAAAGCUACGCGGAAGCUCUGGAAACGAUCCCGUACACCUUAGCGGAGAACGCGGGACUCAACCCGAUCCAGGUAAUCACCGAGCUCCGGAACCGGCACGUUCGCGGUGAGAAGAGCGUUGGCAUCCAUAUUCGGCGGAGCGGCGGCGUCGUUGCCAACAUGUUGAGCGAACACGUCGUCCAGCCGACCCUGGUCAGCUCGAGCGCUUUUACCUUGGCCACCGAGGCAGCGCGAAUGAUUCUCAAAAUUGAUGAUAUUGUGGUGACUCGCUGA